AUGGCUCGUCAAUCAAGUGUGGAUCUAGACUCGCCCGAUCGGCCCUUUGACAACAUCAUCAACUUUCGCGAUGUUGGCCGAUCGGUAAAUCAAUUCUGUCGCAAAGAAAUUCUCAAGGAAGGCGUCUUCUUUCGCAGCGCAAGGCUUGACGAUGCGUCAGAACGAGAUAAACGGCGUCUAGCCGAGGGACUACACAUUCACACCGUCAUUGAUCUUCGCUCAUCAACAGAACACCAAAUGGGGACGCGGAAACGUCGCAGCGAGAAUGCCAACUCGUCUGAGAUCGACCUGACUGAUGCUCCUGUCCCUUCAAAUCCUGACGAGCACCUGCUUCAAAUUCCCGGCUCUGAACGUGUCUUGAUCAGUCUGACGGGCAAGGGGUUCGAGCGCGCGUUACUAUGGAAAUUGGACUGGAUGACUUACCUGAAAGCGAUCGGCCUCGUAACAACAGGCUACCGCAAUGAUGCAGUCCGUCUAGUAUGUGGACAAGCCAUGCAGCCGCGCGGGUUAACAGGUCUAGCGCAAGAUACUCUGGACUCGAGUAUGACAGAGAUGCGCACAGUCUUUGAGAUACUUGCUCGGGAAGAGAGCUAUCCUACGCUAGUGCAUUGCACGCAAGGAAAAGAUCGGACGGGACUGGUGAUUCUGCUGAUGCUACUUCUUGCUGGUGAGGCCGUACCAACGGAUGCUGUUGUGGAUGAUUAUAUUCGGUCUGAGCUGGAGCUUGUUCCUGAAUUUGAGGAGCGCAUGAAGGAGAUUCGGGCGCUUGGGCUUGGAGAAGACUAUACGCGUUGUCCUCCCGGCUUUGUUACUGAUACCACUGAAUAUCUGAAAGAGCGAUAUGGUGGUGUCGAGGGGUAUCUGGAGAGGAUUGGGAUCGACUCUGAGAUGCAGGACUGCAUUCGGCGGAAGUUGUUGGCUUGA